CUCAAAUGUGUGAUGUUCUUUGCAAAUGAAACAAAUGCAUGCCCCUCCUUCAUUCUCUCCUUCUCAAGCAAACAUGCAACUCACCAAACAUGAAAAAUCUACCGCACCAAAUUCACAGUGUAAUCAAACUAAUCUCCUUGGAUCUUUCUCUCUUACGGGUGAUUGAGUCACUUCAUUUUCUUGGGGUUUUCUUUCGUCCGUACAGAGCAAAAAAAAAGGCCGUCAAGGCCGGAAUAGUCAAUAUCCGGCCAACACCCCCCCCCCCCCCCCAAAAAAAGCAUUAAGCUUUUCUGCAACUUGCCUUGCCCUCUUUUUUCGUUCUUUUUUUUUUUCAGGCAAUGUCAAAUGAUGGCUCUCUCCGGCAAUCAGUUCCAACACCAGAAUCAUACAGCACUCCACCAAUUACCAUAGUCAUAACAAUCAUUCUUCUUGUGUUUUUCUUUGUGGGAUUUUUCGCAUUAUACUUUUGUAGAUGUUUCAUGCAGAAUCUAAUCCUCUCUUGGCACCUUCGUCAUAGUCCUGCAGCCACGCCUAUCGUUCCAACACAUCCACAAGACAACCCUGGGAUUGAUCCCAAAAUCAUACAAUCUUUCCCUGCAUUCACCUAUUCCAGUGUUAAAGAUUAUAGGAAGGAAAAAUAUGGGCUAGAAUGUGCCAUCUGUUUAGUUGAGUUUGGAGAUGAUGAUCUUCUUCGACUUUUGACAACAUGUUGUCACGUUUUUCAUCAAGAAUGCAUUGAUCUAUGGCUUGAGAAACACAAAACUUGUCCCGUAUGUCGAAGAAGGCUCGAUGAUAUCAUUCACGAAUACCAUGCGUCUCAUAACGAAAAUGAGUCAUUGCCUGAAAGUGUUUCCAUCACAGUAAAGGAUGAAACUGAAGAUGAAAGAGGAGGCAGCGAUCGCGGCGAAAGGAGGACUUCUGCUACGGCUGCUGAUCACGUUCUAGUUGAAAGGCGGAACAAUAAUACUGAGCUGGAGAGAUUUUCAAGAUCACAUUCAACAGGACAUUCAAUAGUUAGGACUAAAGGAUCAGAAGAUCAGGAUAGGUUUACUUUGAGAUUGCCAGAGCAAGUUCAAGAAAAAAUUAUUAAGGGACAUAAUACAAGCAGAAGUUGCACUGUUUUUGGAGAAUAUAGAAGCCAAGAAACCACAAGAAAUGGUGGUUUUGGUGAAGUUUCAGGGCUAUCUGGUGCAGACAUCAACAAAGAUUGACUGAAUUGUUUUUGUCCUCCUCCUCUUGAGCUAAUCUCUUUUCCUCCCUCCCUUCUUUUUUUUAAUUUUGGUUUUAUCGAA